CGCACGUGAAAUAAAAAAUUAUUCAUCGGCGCAGUUCUCUAAUAUUGAGUGAAAAACUGAAAAUAUUAUGGUUCAUUUCUAACUUGUUUCUGUGUAUUUUGUUGUUUCGUAAUGGUUCGUGUGGCAAAUAAGUGUGCUACGUGUGGCAAAGAAUUCAAGAAAAACGCUUUACUUCAGCAGCAUGUACGAAGGCACACAGGAGAGAAACCUUACGAUUGUUAUCUAUGUGAUAAAAAAUUCGACUCAAAGUCACAUGCACAAAGGCACAUGAAUUCCCAUUCAAAGAACACUUUACUGCUCAGUUGUACAGUAGAGGGAUGUCCCAAGCAAUUCAAAUUUGAAAGGACAAUGAAACGACAUAUUCAGAGCACACAUAUUUUACACAAGUGCACAUUUGAAGGGUGUGAGAUGGCAUUCAAUAAGAAAUUCAAGUUGAAAAAACAUAUGAGAGAAAUUCAUAAUGAUAUAUACCUUAAGUGUACUCAUGAAGGGUGUACAUCAGUGUUCACAACAAAAAGAAAUUUGGCUCGUCAUUUGUACAGUCAUGAAAGAGAGUAUGAAUGCAAUUUUGGGCUGUGA